CUCCACUCUCAGCCGCCAGAGCUCUAAGCGCACGCUGCGCCCCUCUCGCACGCCUCUCCGCCCAUCAUGCAGGGUUUCAACAUGGGCCGGUACUACCCACCCGACGCCAGCAACCCGCCCGCCUUCAACUCCAACUCGCAUCCUCUCGGUCAACGCGCGAACAAAAUAUCCCAGGGCAUACUCACUGUCCGCUUCGAGCUGCCCUUCGCCGUGUGGUGCAACCACUGCACCCCACCUGCUAUCAUAGGCCAGGGCGUACGCUUCAACGCCGAGAAGAAGAAAGUAGGCAACUACUACUCGACACCGAUUUGGAGUUUUCGCAUGAAACAUAGUGCGUGUGGGGAGUGGUGGGAGAUUCGGACAGACCCGCAGAAGAGCGAGUAUGUCGUUGUGGACGGGGCGCGGCGGAGAGACUAUGGGCCAGAGAACGGGGGCGCAGAAGCAGAGGGCGACCUUAAGUUCUUGACGGAAGAAGAGAGGGAAAAGAGGAGGAAUGAUGCGUUUGCCAAUCUAGAGGGCAAGAUGGAGGAGAAAGGACUGGAGAGGAAGAAUAAAGAGAGGGUGGAGGAGUUGUAUGAUAAAUCUGAAGUCUGGCGCGACCCGUAUGACGUGAAUGCUCGCCUGAGAAGAGACUUCCGUGUGAAGCGCAAGGUUUUGAAGAAGGAAGAGAGGCAUAAGGAGGGCAUGCAGGAUAAGUUUAGUUUGGGCAUUGAUAUUGCGGAUGAGACGGAUGCAGAUCGAGUGCGUGCAGGUCUGAUAGAGUUCGGUGCCGGCGCAGCAGAUACGAUGGACAGCGAACAUACACGCUGGAAACCACUCUUCGCCAGCGACGAGAAGGCUGAGAAAGGCGUCGAGACCACUCCGAAGACAAAGAAGCUCAAGGCGGAGGCAGCGGCGCAGAAGAGUCGGCACACACUCCAGAAAACGCUACUCAACAACACAAGAGCGACGAUCGAUCCUUUCCUUUCCAACGACGUUGGCAUGCCAUCAAGAGUUAGCUUUGGUGUCCUCAAAAGAAAGAGGGGUGUCCAAGAAAGUGCUGAGCUCGAAGAGCAUAAAACUGUGGCUCUUCCGCCAGUCGACGAGACCCCUAAAAGCAAGCCGGCAGCAAAUCUAGCACUAGUCGACUACGACUCGGAUUAACAGGCUAUGCGAAAUUUCUAUUAAUAUCGACGAAAUACGGCGUUAUCAAUGGGAUGUAAUGAGGGUGGGACAUAUGCAUUUAUGGCGUUUGGAACUAUAGCAAAAGAUACCCCAGUGCUUGCACAGACAUUUAUAUCAUUAAGUCAUAAGAAUUCAUUAUAAUGAAACAAGAAAAAU